AUGCACAAUAUGCGAAAUCAGUUCGAUAGUCAAACGACGUCCGAAUCGAAAUCCGAGCACGCCUACGCGCUCGUGACAACACAAGGAUUACAACAUGAUGCAAUGCCCUAUUUCUACAAUGCCCACACGCUGGCAGCUCGUGGGUGUCCAAAGCAAUACCGUUCGCUGGAAAAUCUCAAAAUUACAAACCACCAUCUCGGCUACAGGUUUUACUCGACGAGUGGAGCUUUUUAUUCGACUACGACCAAGUCCAAUUCGGACGGCAACCGGCCGGAAUUUCACUUUGAAAUCCGGCCAAAACCUAGGUUUCAAAAUCAGGAUUCUAGGCAACAAAUUGAUCCAAACCUAUGCAACAGGCAGCUAGAACACGUAAAAAGAGGAAGAACCCUUACCUGUUUCACCGGGAUUGAGCGGCAGAGACGGCGGCGCAACGACGGGAAUUUUCCAAUUCAAACCAAUCGAAACCGUGGCCGGAUUUCGAGGUUCCCGGUCGAGAAAACUGGUGGUUCGGGUUCGGGGCUUCAAGAGGAAUCGAUUGACCAGUCUCGUCAGUUGGGGUGGCCGGAAGUGGCGGCAGUGUGGUGGUUUCUGUUCGGAUGA